AUGAACGAUCCCGAAUCAGGUACGCCCAGCUUGGUUGCCCCCGCCAUGGAUUCGACAGAGAAAGGAGGCUCGGGGAGCGCCAGACACUGUCACUUCGUGCUGCUGGCGGAAUUUAACAUUGACAAGGGCAGCACGCUUUCCUACCAGUAUCCAGCGCCUCUGGAGCACGACGACCACAUGCUCGCGGAGCUGAUGCUACCUGACGGUGCUCACGCGAGAGCAGAAGACUGGACGGUCUUCUUCUUGGAUGACAAACGGCCACUCAGAAGUCUGGCAGCGAGUCAGAGUAGUACAGAUCCUGACGAGAAGCGGAGGCACAGCAAAGAGCUGAGUGACGCCGACGAAGGCGGUGAGCUCACGCACGUGCUCAAUCUGGUCAGGACGAAGCACGACAACACUGUCAGGAGAGGUGCGCUUGUGCGAGCUAUGGCCAUUGGCACCUCGCAUCCGUGGAUACAGGUAUUCAAGCCGGUCUUACAAUUGGCUCUGGACGACUUCUUCGCCAAGCCGCGGGAAGAACCCUUGUCGAAGCUAUAUGAAGCGAUCAACAGUCUGGAUCUCAGCGCCAUGCCCAAGCUGAGCAGAGACGAAAAGCUUAUCCUGAGAGCGAGCGACUCGAGAGAUCUUUUUGCCGAGCGCUUCGAACCUGUCAUCACUCAAGAGGAGAGCGCGCGACCAACCGUCGCGAGCAAGGCCUUUUUGCCACGCAGGACGAGCGCGGCAUCGCUCAGGCAGCAUUCUCCGAGCUUGCGACGCAAACCUUCCGCUUCAGCGAAAGCUGCUUUGGACAGCCCGGCAGAUCCUGACGCCGCCCCCCUCACCUCGUCGCAAUCCAGGCCGAGGAAGGGCUCUUGGUCUGCGGCCACUCUCUUCUCAGGUAUGGCAGGCAACCACAGCAGCGCGUCGGCGUCGGUGACCAGUGCGAGCCAGGGAGCUCUUCCUGUUCGAGACACGCAUUUUUACGAGACCAGCCUUGCUUAUCAGGGCAAGUCGGUGCUACUGCGAAUACCCUUGCACACCUUUCCAGAAGAAGUCGGCGAUUACUCGUUGAUGUCGCUGCACUCGGCUUUUUGUGGGACUUCAUCCGUGCCGAGUGGGCCGAUGCAUGGACAUUUGCACUCCAACGGCUCCCAGACGCCUGCUUUGAUCAUGCUCUUCAAUGCCGUUGCCACAGGCAAGCGCGUCAUCUUUCUGGGCCACGGUCAGCCCGCAAAUACCGUUGCGACGCACGUGCUUUCUGCCUGCGCCUUGGCAAGCGGUGGAGGUGCUGUCUUUCGUGGCUUGACUCGAAGGGCUUUUCCGUACUGCAACCUAGGCAUGAUGGACGAGCUGGAGCGCACCCCCGGCUACAUCGCAGGUGUCACGAAUCCACGCUUCGAGGAUCUCCACGCUUGGGACGUUCUGUACAACACGGAUACCGGAAAGGUCACAGUCGCAAAGGACGUCGAGCCGGCUCCACCCCUGCGACCCCAUCUUCCACCACAGCCCUCGAGAGGAACGUUUUCAAGCGGGAGCAUUACUAGCAUGGCUGGUAGCACGGGCUUAGGUCACGAUGCGCUGGUGUCUGGUGCUGCAUCGAGUGACUAUGGCGAGUAUGGCUCUCAGAUCUUGGGCGGAACCAGCAGUCAUACGUCUUCUGCCUUUGUAGGCGGUUCCAGCAUCAAGAGCGGUUCUAGCAAAGAUCGGACCGGGGUGAACAUAGAGACCAGACCAGAUGCGCAAGACGUUCUGUUCAUCGAGGAGCUGCAGAAUGCCGCUGCGGCUCGCUGCGGAGAUCGAUACCUUCUGGCACGCUGGACCGACUUCGCGUUUUCGUUUGCUCGCGCAGUAGCAAAGCAUCAAGAGCAGUUCUAUGGUCACAUCACCAUUGGUCUUCCGCCAAGCCAGCCAUUUCUGAACGGACAGCUCGGCAGCGGCGCAGUCUACCCAGACAGAGACACAGAGCUCAAGGAGAUCUCAGCCAACAAUAUGCGCGCUGCGGGCUGGCUGACAACCGAUGCGUGUCGCUUAUUCCGUGCUGUGAGUUUUCGAACGCUGUCUGCUUUGUCUGAACAGGCAAUUGUCGGUUACGAUGUGCAACAUCAAGUGCAGAGGCUGAAGCGUGCACGGCACAUGUCUGCCGCUGAGGCGGAGCUGAUCUUUGCUACAUUAAGCAGCACUAUUCGAACACCCAAGCAGAUCACGGAGUUCUUGGCGUUGCAUGCGCCGCAUACAGGCAGUCUUUCGUCAAUUGCGGUGGGCCUAUUGCAUCCUUCCAGCAAUGUCAGAGGCGCGUCGGUCGAGCUCUUGAGCUCAUUGUGCACUACUUCGCUUGGACGCAAAUUUGUUCAAAGCUUGAACAUCUUUCACCGUCUAGCCUUCGCUAGGCAAUUGACGGAACGCGAGCGAGCGCAGGGAUUGACUGCGUCGCACUCGAGUGGCGCGGAGGUCCAGGACCGGGGUGCUCUCAGGCUCUCCGUCAUGCCAGUCACUCCCUUGACACCCGGAUUCACGGGCGGAGCUCCGUUCUCUCGGACGGUCUCGGACAGCUACGGAGGGUCACCUAGCUGGUCGAGUGGUGCUGCGAGUCUUCAGCGGCCGAGGGAGGGGCUACCUCGAGCCUCGAAUGGUUCGUCUGUUUACAGCACAUCUGUACCCACCGACUCUGGGUUGUUGGAUCGCACGCCCAAGAGCAGCGCGAGUGGCAGCAUCGACCCCCACCCACUUAUCUCGACAGCAGAGGGCGCAUAG